CCAGGCGAGGAGGAAGCAAAGCUCUGGGGAUAAAGGGCUGAGCACAGCACGGAGGGGCUGCAUCCUCCCACCACGACGAGGAUACCUCUCUGCUCUCCCGCUCCCACGCAGACCUGGGGAAGGCAGCACGAGGCCACGGAACAUGGAUAAAGGCUGAGGAGCCUCAACUGAUGCUGUGAGCUGGCCAGGAGGACACGGGGCGAACACAGCGCUCCUCGCCCAGGGAUCACCCAUGUCAUGGGAGGCCUCUGAUGGAAGAGGCUUGGAUCAACCGCUACCGCAAGCAGCUGGUGAGGUCCAUCUCACCACAGUUCCUGGAGGAGAUCAUCUGCUACCUGUGGAGGCUGGACCUCCUCACAGCGGAGGUGCAGGAGGCGAGCUCCCUGCCCGAGCAGGUGAGGGCAGUGGUGGAUGCGCUGGCUGGCAAGGGCAGCUACGCCUCCCAGUCCCUGCAGACCUUCAUUGAGACCACCAACUCCCAGCUCUACCUUCACAUCACUGUCUAUGAACCCAUAGUGCAGAAGCACCUGGAGAGCCUCCAAAGCUACUACGGGAAUGGCUUGGAGACAGGACCCCUGCAGCGACUCAUGAACCUGCUGCUGGUGGAAGGUUUGACCGAUAUCCAGCAGAAGGAGCACGACAUCCUGCAGAUUGAAGCCACCAAAGGCCUACAAAACGUAUCCAAGAGCAUCCCUCUGGAGAAGCUCUUCCUGCCUCUUUCCAAGGUCAGCAUCCCACCUCGGAUCUCUGUCACCAUUGGAGUGGCUGGGAUUGGCAAAAGCACACUGGUGAAGCUGUUUGUCUACACUUGGGCAAAGGGGGAGAUCAACAGGGACAUCAUCUUUGUGCUGCCCCUCACUUUCCGGGAACUCAACACCUAUGAGAAGCUCUCUGCUGAGCGGCUCAUCUGCUUGGCGUUCCCUCACAUCACCGAACCAAACUGCAUCUCGGUGGGAGCUGCCAGGACCCUGCUGAUCCUCGACGGCUUGGAUGAGUUCAAGACGCCUUUGGAUUUUUCCAACACAGUAAUAUGUACCGAUCCCAAAAAGGAGAUCCAAGUGGACAACCUGAUCACCAAUAUCAUACGCGGCAACCUGCUGCAGGAGGCCUCUGUCUGGGUGACGUCGCGGCCAACAGCAGCCAGCCAAAUUCCCGGUGGGCUUAUUGACCGGAUGACGGAAAUACGAGGGUUUGGAGCUACAGAGAUGAAGGACUUCUUGGAUCAGAUGUUCCUUGACAAUAGAGAACUAUCUGGCCAAGUCCUGCACCACAUCAGGGCUAACAAGUCGUUACACGUCCUGUGCACCGUUCCUGGCUUUUGCUGGAUUUCUGGCUCCUCAAUUGGUCAUUACCUAAAAAAUAGCACCGAUCAACCCGAAGAAACAACUUCCAUCCCCAAAACCCUAUCAGAAAUCUACUCCUACUAUUUUAAAAUGGCUCUGAGCAGCGACUGGCUGGAAAAGCCAAGAGAAACCCUCAGGAUUGAGCAGGUUGUGAACAACAGCAAGAAGAUCGUGGGCAGCCUGGGCAGAUUGGCCUUCUACGGCCUGCUCAAAAAGAAAUACGUGUUCUACGAUCAGGACAUGAAGGUGUAUGGCAUUGACCUUUCCUUGCUGCAGAGCAGCUUGUGCAGUCGCCUCCUGCUCAAAGAAGAGAAGCAGUCCUUCACAGCCUACUUCUUCUCCCACUUGACCAUCCAGGAGUUUCUAGCUGCUAUUUAUUAUUACACGGCUGCCAAGCGGGCAAUAUUCGACCUCUUCACAGAGAGUGGGAUGUCCUGGCCCAAGUUGGGUUUCCUCAGCCACUUCAAGAAUGCGGUUCAGAGGUCGCUGCAGGCAGAGGACAGGCAGAUGGACAUCUUUGUGCGUUUUCUCUCCGGGUUCCUCUCCCCACAGGUGAACAAGCUGCUCUCCGGGUGGCUGCUGGUGAAGGAUGAGCACAACAGUUUCAGGAGCCAAGUGAUCAGCUUCCUCCAGGGCUGCUUGAACACUGACUAUGUCAUCUCUUCGCGGACAGUCAACACCAUGCACUGCCUGUAUGAAAUUCAGCACGUGGAGAUUGCUAAGACUGUGGAAGAUGCGAUGAAGACUGAGAGCUUGGCCGGGAUGCUCACCCCCGUGAACUGCUCUGCCCUGGCUUAUCUCCUGCAGGUCUCUGAUGCCUGCAUGGAGGAGACGAACCUCUCCAGUUGCCUCACCUACAACACCUGUAAAAGCCUCCUCUCCCAGCUCCUCUUCUGCCACAACCUCAGACUGGACAAUAACCAGUUUAAGGACAAUGUGAUGGAGCUGCUGGCCAGUGUGCUGAGCGCGAAGGACUGCCAGAUCCAGAAGCUCAGCCUGGCAGAAAACCAGAUCAGCAACAAAGGAGCCAAAGCACUGGCCAAGUCACUACUGGUGAACAGGAGCUUGACGACACUGGACCUGAGGAGCAACUCCAUCGGCCCCACCGGAGUGAAAGCACUGGCUGAUGGACUGAAAAAAAAUCAAGUCCUGCUCUCCCUGAACCUGCAGCACAACGUCAUCAAGGAGGAUGGUGCCACCUUCCUGGCUGAGGCCCUGUUGACCAACCACAGGCUGACCACCCUGCACCUGCAGAAAAACGCCAUCGGAGCCCACGGUGCCAGGGAAAUAGCAGAGGCGCUGAAGCAGAACUGCAGCCUGAAGGAGCUGAUACUCUCCAGCAACUCUGUAGGAGACAAUGGCUCGGUUGCCUUGGCUGAAGCUCUGAAGGUGAACCACAGCCUGCAAAGCCUUGAUCUCCAGAGCAAUUCCAUCAGCAGCGCCGGGGUCACCGCACUGACAGCAGCUCUCUGCUCCAACAAAGGACUCCUCAAUCUCAACCUGCGGGAGAACUCCAUCAGCAAAGAGGGGGGCCCUGCAAUCGCCCACGCCCUGCGGACCAACAGCACCCUCAGAAAGCUCGACUUAGCAGCAAACCUGCUGUACGACGAAGGCGGCAAGGCCAUCGCUUUAGCCAUGAAAGAGAACCGGGUGCUCACGUCCCUCCACUUGCAGUGGAACUUCAUCCAGGCAAAAGCUGCCACGGCCCUGGCACAAGCCCUCCAGUCCAACAGCAGCCUGGCCAGCCUCGACUUGCAGGAGAAUGCCAUCGGAGACGAGGGAAUGGCUGCCCUCUCUGCCACGCUGAAGGUCAACACAACCCUGGCAGAUCUCCACCUGCAGGCAGCUUCAAUUGGUGCGGCUGGUGCCCAAGCCCUGGCAGAAGCUUUGAUGGUCAACAGGAGCCUGCAGAUCCUGGACUUGCGGGGAAAUUCCAUUGGCGUGGCAGGGGCCAAGGCCAUGGCCAACGCGCUAAAGGUGAACUGCAGCCUCCGCUGGCUCAACCUUCAGGAAAACUCCCUGGGCAUGGAUGGAGCCAUCUGCAUCGCCACUGCUCUGAAGGGCAACCACUGCCUCACAUAUGUAAACCUGCAGGGGAACUGCAUCGGCCAGUCAGGAGCCAAGAUGAUCUCUGACGCUAUCCGGACAAACUCACCCAACUGCAUUGUGGAUGUGUGAGGGUCCCUGGCUGCAGCGAGGUGGCUCAGUGGGGCCCUUCGGCCAGUGUGACUCCACAGCUGCUCAGCCCUUCGCUCACCUGCCUCGGGGAGGAGAGCUGGGGCAAGGAGGGCUCCUGAGCUCCCUGGCACUGCCCAGGAGGACCAGGGGCCUCUGGAUCAACAGUGCCAGAGGGUCAAGACUCACUAAUGCCUGAAAGCCUGGUGGUGCAUGAGCACAUCCCUGUUCAUCCAGGCACUGGGGGAGCUUCAAGGAAUUGGUGAAAAGCAAAGGGAGGAGGGGGUAGAUCUCACACACCAGACAUUGUUUUUGUGGGUGACUUACCUGCCACCGCUGGCAGCAGUGACCUCCUCCUGUGAUCUCCAUGGUGCUGCUCGAGACCAAGCGUAUCCUGACUGCCCAGAGCUGUGCUCUCCUUCCAGCCUGAGUCGCUGUGGGCAAACAUGGCAGCACCUCAGCCGGAGCUCCAGGGCUCUGCUCCCAGCGCCAAUUCUCCUUCCAGCUCUGGCAGGGAUCCCAGGAGAACUGGGUGAAACAUGGGCACAGUAGCCCCUUCCCUCCUGGCUACAGACAGCGCAGUCCUGCAGGCUCCCUUGAUAUCCCAGAGGGAGAUGAGAGGUUUGCCAUUUCCUUGCUUUGAUGAAAGCAGAUCUUUGGACCGGGGCACUUCAGAGCGGGGGCCGAGGCUGGGAGUGCAGCCUGUGUGUUUGCCAUGCCCUUAAGAACAGGUUGGCCGGGUGCAACUGAGGUGUUUGUCAGUGCUGUUCUCUAUUAAAGCCUCUCAAAAAGUCAGGCAUCCCAAGGCAUGGGAAUGGAACCAUCUAGAGACACCUUGGGAAAUCAGGAGCCCUCAGGAGAACAGGAAGAGCGGGAGGAUUUUGCAAGAGGAACACACUGCAUGAGGACAGACCACCUCCAUCACACACAGCUAGGUGCUACACCAGGACUGCCUUAUCACUAAGUCCUGCCUCUCGAGUAAACGCUGGGUUUGUUGGGUCGCUUGCUGCAGUCAUCCGUGACAAGCUGUGCCACCUUGGGAUGCAUGGUCCUGAUGUCCCAGCUGCAGGCAGGGCCCUCCCCGAGCAGGUCACUUUUCAGGCAGGCAGCUGCUCAAAGCAGAGGGGCUGGGUGAUGCCCUCACAUGCAUGGUGAGACCCAGUGACUCUCCAGAAGGUGCCAGGUUUGCAGGUGGACCAUGAGCCAGACUACACAACCCCCAGAGCCCCCUCCAGCCACUGCCCCCUCUGCCCCAGUCAGAGCCCACCCUGAGCCACAUCGCAGCUGCAGUCGGGGCAGCAAGAGACUGCUUCAGGGACCUCUGGAGAAAUGCCGGGUUGAGCUGUGUGAUAGGUACCUACUUGGAAAUAAAUCAGUUCCUUGCCGAGAAGAUGCCUUGUGCUGCCUUCCUCUCUCGGUUGUGGACCAUAACAUGCGGCGUUCAGGGUGCAUUGUGCUCCGCUACCCCGGCUGGAGAAUCCACACCCUGUCGUGGUGUGACAGGAGGGCUCUUGGCUUUUCCGUGAGGUGUCAGGGCCUGGCGCACGCUCUCCACAGUGACGCUGCGUGAUUCAAAUCCUAUCUCUUUCUCCACUAUGUCCGGGCAGAGUGAGCAUCCGGUCCAGCUCUGCCCAC